AUGGUCACAGGAAAUGGAGACUUUGGAUAUCCGCCCCUUGCAGGCGCGCAUGAUAUCCCCAGCCGUCGCAGGAUCCCGAACCCUCCCCGCCUGGAUCCUUUGAGACUGAAUCCUCCCUUUCCGCGCCCCUCGACCGCCGACGGCGUUCGCCCUCCUCCUUCUCAACGUCCCCCACCCCCCGUGCCUCGAUCCCCGCGACUUCAGCCUCCCUUUCAAGUGGCAGAGCCCUGGCGCUCCCCCUCGCCGCUCCACGAUGACGAUGAGUUCGUGAUCCGCAAACCCGCCCUCCGGACCCCCACAUUCCCUGUGUCACCCACGCGCCGAGCAUAUGCUCCAAGAGAGCCUGAGAUGGAGCGUCCACCUCCUCGCAAGACGCCACCGGGCGCACCAGGACUGCGCAUCUCCAUGUCCACCUCUAAAUUGCACAGCCGGCGUCCUAGACCCCAACCCUCCCGGGAACGGUACCGGGAUGACUCGUAUGGAUUGCCAUUGCCUCGCAUCGUGCCUCCCGGGAGCUAUGUAGACGCGCACGGGCAGGAUGCACUCCGCUCCAGUGUUAACUCCGCCAUGACGUCGCGGUCCAGCAUUGAGCACGCGAGCGGCACGGAGCGCAGCAGCGUCCUUACCAAGAGUAGCUCGAUCACCGACCUGUCCCCUGACACACCCGACGGUCCAUAUGAGAAGGAUGGCGGCAUGAGUGUGGAGGAUGCUAUUUCCAUGUAUCUGGACGGCUUCAGCGAUGUGACUGAAGAGCCCGGGUCUCCGGGGCUGUAUGAUGACGGAGGUUUUUAUGAUGAGAAAGCCAGGCCGUGGAGUCCACGUCCGCCCACUGAAAUGACUUUUGACGACGGUCACACUUCUGACGAGCACUCACCCGACUUGGAUCCUACCGAUGAUCUUCCGCCCGUGCCGGCGCUCCCCGAGCUGGAUGCUCCGGUACGAGGAUCCUUGGGCGAACAGUAUGUCAGCGAUGGAAUGCCGGAAGAGCCACCGGAACAGCCAAUGGAACGGCCAAUGGACGCCCCAUCAUUAAAAUCACCCACCUCGCGUGAACGGCAAGAAACCACGGUGGUCCUGCCCGGGGACGUGCCUCCGGCUUUGCUGCCAGGGACCGGCCCUCGUGACCGCUACGGCUUCCGGAAAGCGACUCACCACGUGACGUUGGAGCAAUAUGAGGCAUGGCAUAGCUCUUACGCCGACUUCGCAGCCACCCGGAGAACCAAGUGGGUGGAAUUGCUCCGCGAGAACCGCCUGCCGGUCACGGACCCGAUGUCUUUCCCACCCAAGUCCAACAAGGUCAAGCGUAUCGUGCGCAAGGGCAUCCCGUCGGAGUACCGAGGUGCGGCCUGGUUCUUCUACGCCGGGGGAUACGAGCACCUGAACCGGAACCCUGGGCUCUACGACCAGCUGGUCCGGCAGGCGAUGGAGUCCCCGAGUAACGACGACAAGGAGCACAUUGAACGGGACCUGCACCGGACAUUUCCGGAUAACAUCCACUUCAAACCCGAGGCGACCGAUCAGUUCGGCAGCGCUGGCGCUGGCGCUGGCAGCAGCAACCUGAAGCAUGGUUCCGUCACGGUCGAGACACAGAUGAUCACCUCUCUGCGCCGGGUGCUGUAUGCAUUCGCGGUGCACAACCCGCAGAUAGGAUACACGCAGUCGCUCAACUUCAUCACGGGGAUGCUGCUUCUGUUCCUGCCGGAAGAGAAGGCGUUCUGGAUGCUGCACAUCAUCAGCUCCGUGUAUCUGCCGAGCACGCAUGAGAUCAGUCUGGAGGGUGCGAACAUCGACCUGUGGAUUCUGAUGGUGCUGCUCAAGGAGACAUCGCCGCAUGUGUACAACAAGAUUGCGGGCAGCGGGCUCGGCGGCGGCUCGCGGGCUCCAGCGCUGACGGUGACGUCGCGUUUACCGGACAUCACGCUGGGGCUAACGAACUGGCUGAUGUCGGUGUUCAUCGGAACGUUGCCCUUGGAGACGACCCUGCGCGUGUGGGACGUGUUCUUCUACGAAGGGUCCAAGACGUUCUUCCGGGUGUCGCUGGCCAUCUUCAAGGCGUGCGAGCGGGAGAUCAUGGCGGUGUCGGAUCCGAUGGAGGUGUUCCAGGUGGUGCAGGCGGUGCCGAAGAAGUUGUUGGACGCCAACGCGCUGCUAGACGACUGCUUCAUCCGACGACACCGGGUGGGCCAGGGCCGGAUCGACGAGCUGCGCGCGGCGCGACGGGCGGCGGUUCGGCACGAGAACAUGCGACGGUCGCGGGCGUGGAACAAGGGCCAGAUCCAGGCGGCGACGGACGAGUGGCCCGGUCGAUCGCGGGCGCCCAUUCCGGGUCUGGAGCGCAAGAUCGGGGAUUCUUAUUACCACCCGAACCCGGGAGGCGACCAGCCUCAGCCUUACAACGCUCAGCCCUACUACCAUCGAGGCCAACCGGCUCCCAAUCAGUACAAUGGCAGCUACCAGGGUCCCGAGCCCAAGCCACAGGGACCGCCUCAGGGACCGCCUCAGGGACCUCCAGGUCCGCCUGGCCCACCGCCGACCUACAACCAAGCCGUGUAUGGCUUCGACGAGGCUUUCCGAGUCGAACGACCCAAGUACAAUGACAUCUGGGCUGGACUGUUGCUCAUCGCAGUGUUCCUGGGCUACGUUGCCGUGUCGGGCGUGACCAUCCAUCGGUAUGCGCAAUACAAAGGCUUCAGCGGGGGUGGCAUCUACGACUCGUCCAAUGACUUUUCGCUCAACACCAACACCCUUGUGCUCUUCAUCUUCGUCCUCUGCGUCGCCCUCGCCUUCUCGUACGCCUACUUCCUCGGCGCCCGCUACUUCUCCAAGCUCUUCAUCUGGGUCACCGGCAUCCUGAACAUCGUCUUCGCCCUCGGCACCGCCAUCUACUACCUCAUCCGCGGACAAUACGGCGGCGGCAUCGUCUUCCUCAUCUUCGGCGUCUUCGCCAUCAUCUGCUUCAUCAGCUGGAUCCCCCGCAUCCCGUUUACCGCCUACAUGAUGGAAGUCUCCAUCGACAUCUCCCGCCACCACGGCCACAUGUUCCUCGUCAGCACCCUCGGCGGCCUCAUCGCCGUCGCCUUCGCCGCCUGGUUCUCCGUGACCCUCGUCUCCAUCUACGUCGCCUACGAACCCGACAGCACCGGCACCAAUCCCGCCUGUCGCUCCGGCGGCGGCGGCUGCAGCACCGCCCGGGUCAUCGGGCUGGUCGUCUACGUCACCUUCGCCAUGUACUGGUUCAGCGAGUGGCUGAAAAACACCAUCCACACGACCAUCGCGGGCAUCUACGGCUCCUGGUACUUCUUCUCCCAAUCCCCGGAGGGCAUGCCCCACGGCGCCACCCGGGGGGCCUUCCGCCGCGCCACCACCUACUCCUUCGGGAGCAUCAGCUUCGGCUCACUCAUCAUCGCCAUCAUCAACAUGCUCCGACAAGCCUGUUCCGUCGCCCAACGUCAAGAAUCCGCCCAGGGCAGUCUCCUCGGCAGCAUCAUGUUCUGGAUCCUAGGAUGCUUCAUCUCCCUCCUCGACUGGCUCGUCACGUUCUUCAACCGCUACGCCUUCUGCCACAUCGCCCUCUACGGCAAACCCUACAUCCCCGCCGCCAAAGAUACCUGGCAAAUGAUGAAAGACCGCGGCGUGGACGCCCUGGUGAACGAUUGUCUCGUGGGGCCCGUCUUGACCAUGGGCUCGGUGUUCGUGUCUUCACGAACCCCGGGUAUAAUCGGGACGGGGACUUUACGGCGGUGA